AUGUCAACUCAAGGGGAAGAAGCAAUAAUUGUCACUUUUCGCAAGCAUAUACUUCUUCCUUUGGACAAUUGCCUUUAUUCUUUGCGGGCCAUAAUUCCUUGUUUAACUCGGUCUAGUUUGCAUCAUUGUUUGCAAAGACACGGCAUUAGCAUACUGUCAGAUGUUGAAGGAGAGAUAAAAGCCAAAAAGAAAUUCAAGCUAUGUCCAAUCGGUUAUUUCCAUAUUGAUAUCGCAGAAGUUAUAACAGAAGAAGGGAAGUUACAGCUAAACUUGCUUAUGUUAAACUGCAUAAUAACGCUAUAAAACCAAUAGCUACUGAGUUUUUGCGUAAUUUAAUCAAAAUUACCCUAUGAGAAUUAAGAACGUCAUAAACACGCUUUUUAGCGCAUAUUUGAUAGAGUUUUCAAAAAUGACAUUGAACAUCGUCUUACUAAAAUCUGACAUCCCUCGACAAGUGGCCAAGUUGAGCGUAUGAAUAGGAUGCUAAAAGAUGUUGUAGUUCAAGGGUAUUACUCUACUAAUCUCAUUAGUAACUCAAAGAGCAUCUUUAUAGCUUCGUUAUGGCCUACAAUUAAGCUAAAAGACUCAAAGCUCUUAAGGAACUCACACCUCUUGAAUUCGUAUGUGAUUAGUGGACAAUAUUUCCUGAUUUAUUUAUACCCAAUACUCGCCUUCAUACUUUGGGAGGAUGUAAUUAGAUCCAAUUUGAUAAUCAGUAUCAUAUUUAACAGGCGCAUAACUAAUAGAAAAUUCAUCUAUCAAUCCAGCUUUUAACAUCAAGCAUAUAUCACUUGCUUUUUGAAUAUCCAAAAGCAAGUGUGCGAUUAUGUAGAGACUAACUUUAUUUUCAUAUAUGUCUAUAAUAUUGCCUAUAGGUUCGCUAGGAUCAUAUUGCUAAGGUAGUUUUGCCUUGUUUUCAUUCGAGUUUUUCUUAAACGCUCCGGGCAAAGUUAAAUCAUUUUGUUUAUCAACCAUAUUAAAAACGCUAGCAUAGCGAGAAAAUAUACCAUUUUAUUCUAGAUCUUCACCCCCUACAAAACAAGGAAAAAGUGGCAAAACCCCUUGUAUUUUAGACAAUUAAGGGUUUAAAAAAUAGAAGAAUUUGAAAAAAUCGUGCAAAAAAGUGAGGCUGUAGUGGAAAAAUGGAGGCAAAAAAAGAAAGGGCACGGAAGAAAAUCGCAUGGUAAAACACUAGAAGGCGAAAUAUUCAUGCAUAAUACAUCCAUCUUUGGGAUUUUUAUUUAACUUGCACAACUCAAAUUCUGAUUUAUUGGGUGAAGAAGAUACACUACAGAUACUCGUUCAGGUAAUGGAGGUAUGCUCAGGUUGUUUAAAAACAAAGAAUUUCAGCUAAAAAAGAUAUUUUUGAUCAAAUUACUGAAGUGAGGAUGAAAUUUUUUAACAAUAUACAGAAUUCANACAACACGAAAAUCCUGCUACACAAGAAUUAGAUAGUCAAAAUGCACCUAAAACUGGUGUAAAUGGUGAUAAACAAAAUCAAGGUGUUGCUCUUGAAGAGCCUGCUGUACAAUUAAAUGAUCAAAAUGAACCAGAAACCACACCUCGUGAGAGAUCAUCUUCUACAGUAGGAAGUGACAUGAAAGAAGUAACAGCUCAACAAAAAGAUUCCAAUGUCCAAACAACCAGUUUAUGA